GUUCACUUCAUACUACCGCACGCAGCGACCCGCACCUCGGGAGGCCGCGGGUCCCACACUGCGCACCCUCUUCGACGGAGGGUCUGACGGGCCGGGGGCCGGAAGGAGGGUUUCCCCGAGGGAGGGGGCAGAGCGCCGACGGCUCGUUGAGGAAGUGGCCGCGGCUACGAGAGAAAACGAGGAAACGGUGGCUCCCGCAACGCCUAGCUCGGGUACAGCUCCGCUCGUGGCGAAGCCGACCCAUUCUGCUCGCUCCCAGCAACGACAGGAGCCGCCAGUGGGCAGCAGCAGGCGGUGAGCGGAGCGGCAGCGGCAGCGGGAUUAAACAUUAAUUGACUACUUGGGAAGAAAAAAAAAUAAUCAUGGCUUCCAACAUGGCUAACCCUGCUAACCAUUUGCCAUACUUCUUUGGCAAUAUUACACGCGAGGAAGCUGAGGAGUAUUUGAUGCAGGGAGGAAUGAGUGAUGGACUAUACUUGCUUCGCCAAAGCCGGAAUUACCUAGGGGGCUUUGCCUUAUCCUUGGCAUAUGGAAGGAAGGUUCAUCAUUACACAAUUGAGAGAGAGCUGAGUGGGACGUAUGCUAUUGCAGGAGGCAAGUCACAUGCAAGUCCUGCUGAACUCAUUAACUAUCAUUCAGAGGAAGCAGAUGGCCUUAUCUGUCUGCUGAGAAAAUCUUUCAAUCGACCACCAGGCAUUGAGCCCAAAACAGGGCCCUUUGAAGAUUUAAAAGAGAACCUCAUCAGAGAGUAUGUCAAACAAACGUGGAAUCUGCAGGGUCAUGCUCUUGAACAAGCUAUCAUUAGCCAAAAACCUCAGCUGGAGAAACUGAUUGCCACUACAGCCCAUGAGAAGAUGCCUUGGUUCCAUGGCAGGAUCUCUCGGGAAGAAUCAGAGCACCGUAUCCUAAUUGGGUCAAGAAACAAUGGAAAAUUUUUAAUCCGAGAAAGGGACAGCAAUGGUUCCUAUGCCCUGUGUCUGCUGAAUGAUGGAAAAGUACUACAUUACCGUAUUGACAGAGAUAAGACAGGAAAGCUCUCCAUACCAGAUGGAAAAAGAUUUGACACCCUCUGGCAGUUAGUUGAGCAUUAUUCAUACAAACCAGAUGGAUUAUUAAGGGUUCUGUCCAUUCCCUGUCCACGACAUGGCUCAGAAAGUGACAAUAUCGUUUUUGACACUCGUCCUCUUCCUGGAACUCCUUCUAAGAGUUGGGCAAGAGGUGGAAUUAUCUCAAGACUCAAAUCGUACACCUUUCCAAAGGCUGGCAGCAAAAAGCUCCAGACACCUAUUGGUCCGCCAUCUGAUGACCAAACACCUUUUAAUCCUUAUGUACUGCAAAGGGAAAGAGGUGUAAUAGGAGCGGAGAAAGGUGAUCAGAGAGAGGCCUUACCCAUGGACACUGAGGUUUAUGAAAGUCCAUAUGCUGAUCCAGAUGAAGUUAAACCAAAAAAUGUCACUCUUGACAGGAAAUUGUUAACCCUGGAGGAAGGAGAACUUGGCUCUGGCAACUUUGGUACUGUAAAGAAAGGGUUCUAUAAGAUGAAAAAGGGGGCCAAGCCAGUGGCAGUAAAAAUUCUUAAGAAUGAGAGUAAUGAUCCAGCUAUAAAGGAUGAGUUACUGAGAGAAGCAAAUGUAAUGCAGCAACUGGACAACCCCUAUAUUGUCCGAAUGAUAGGUAUAUGUGAAGCAGAGGCCUGGAUGUUAGUAAUGGAAAUGGCUGAACUUGGGCCAUUGAACAAAUUUUUGCAAAAAAAUAGACAUGUCACAGAAAAGAAUAUAACAGAGCUGGUACAUCAGGUUUCCAUGGGGAUGAAAUACCUGGAGGAGAAUAACUUCGUACAUAGGGAUCUGGCUGCGAGGAAUGUGUUAUUAGUCACCCAGCAUUAUGCCAAAAUCAGUGACUUUGGACUAUCUAAGGCUCUUAGUGCUGAUGAAAAUUAUUACAAGGCACAAAGUCAUGGAAAAUGGCCAGUCAAGUGGUAUGCUCCAGAAUGUAUGAAUUUCUACAAGUUUUCUAGCAAAAGUGAUGUCUGGAGCUUUGGAGUUUUAAUGUGGGAAGCUUUCUCUUAUGGGCAAAAACCCUAUAAAGGAAUGAAAGGCGGUGAAGUUGCACAAAUGAUUGAGAGAGGAGAACGAAUGGAACGUCCUGAAGCCUGUCCAGUGGAAGUCUAUGACUUAAUGAAAUUAUGUUGGACAUACAAUGUUGAUGACCGACCAGGAUUUAUUGCCGUGGAGCUGCGAUUACGGAACUACUAUUAUGACAUUUCCCACUAACACUGUGAACAGCAGCUUGCCUUUUUUCAGCAAAGAGAAGCAGUUCAGAUUCUGAAACCAAGUGACUGAUUUUUGUACUGUCACCUUCACCAUAUGAAGUGGAGAGCUAAGCCCUGUCUGUGAGGUUGCCUUUUUUUCUUUUUUUUUUGGCUUUCAUGCAGAAUAUCAAGCUCCAAAGAAGAGCAGCGCAACAUAAGUGCAGAUGCAUAGACUUCCAUUACAUUCCGUCUUGUUUACAGCUUUAUUGUCUUUACAUCCUUCUGUCAUGUGAAACCUUUUUAAAAAAGUCUUUCAGCCCUAUUCCUCUUAUGUACUUGAGUGCAGGUGGAGACUUAAAUUUUUUUGUUAAUAUUCUUAGCUCUCAAAUUGUGUUCUUCCAGCUUUCUCCCUGUCUGAGAAAGAAUAGCAGAAACAUUUUUUCACUAUAAAGGAAAUUCACUGUGACAGUGUCAGUCACUUUGACUGACAGUGUGUUUGAUUUUACUCCCAAGUCAUUUUAUAACUAAAUUGUAUUGUUCUCAUUAGUAAUGUUUGCAGUGAGGAGCUGGGAGAUGUGGAUUUCUAACAUGGAGAAAAAGAAAAGGAGUCAUCAGCUCCAUUAGGUGUUACCAGUUCCUCUCUUUCUUCAUCUCUUGUGGAAUCCCCAGCUGGGAGUAACUUUAUUCAUAGUAAAACCUAGGAAUUCAAGGGUUUGCUCUCACCUUGGGACAAAAGGUGUCAGCACCGAAGGCAAUUACUCUGUCUUUUGACCUGAAGUCCAUCACUGCAGUUCCUGAAAAGACAAUUGUGCUUUUUCAAAAAAAAAAUUCAAAAAGUUGAAGGAGCAGCAGCUUUCCUUCAUGUAGUUUCAGCCUUCUCUAGAUAUCUUUUCCAUGUAUCUCUUCGGAUGUACCAGAGCUUAUUGUGUUGUAUUUUAAGCAGCCGCCGUUUCUUUUUUCAAACCUUUCUUCGGAGGUAUCUGUGGUUGUUCACCGCAGCUUAUAACUUCUGAAGCUCAGUUUCACUCCCAGCUCAAAUAUUUUGAAAUAGGCUAAUGGAUAUUGAAAUUACUUUGUCUUCUCCUAAAUGUUAGUAUUUGUUCUGUUAUUAAUCCUUGUGAACAUCUCAGAAAAUUGUUUCUGUCUUACCAUAUUUUCUGUGAUGCUCCAAGCAGAGUUUCCAAUCCUAUGUAGGUAUAGCAAUGACAAUAUAAAUUAUGUAAUCAACCUCUGUCCCCAUUUUUUACUUGUAUGCAUUUUUGUCCAAUCUCAUUUUAGAUAUUCUAGAAAUCAAAUUUUCUUCUUGUGUGUUCCCCACAAGCAGCCACUUGACAGGCACCUAUGUAUAUAUUUCAGAAGUCUACUAGAUACAGAGAUUUUAGAGGAAUAUGAAAAAUAAGAUUUAGAGUUAGAUAUACCUAUUGCAUACAGCUGUUUGGAACAUAUGUUUUUAACUGUUAUGUGAACAGGGUAUUCUUAGUGCAGUGAUAUUUUCUGGGCAGUUACACUGAGAAAGCAAAAUAAUUUGCAUAAGAUACAACCAUAAAAAUGUUGGAUUUACUGUGAAGCAGUGUAUUUCUUUAUACUGAUUUUAUGGUUUAUUUUUCAAAAAAUGCCAGGUAGUUUAACUUUUGGGAAUCCAGUGCAAGAUACUUCAGAAAGUACACGCUACUGAAUGAUACUGAGUGUAAUAGGUCAUGUUUUAAAUGUGAUUCAGACAUGACUUAUAUUGAUGAUGAUUUCAUUUUUUGUUUUAUCUUUAAAAAACAUUUUUCUACAAGAACAGCUCGCAUAGGUAUUGCUUGUGAUUAAAUAUAGGCAUUUUUUAGCAUUAUCCCUGUUGCAGAGAAACUGUCAAGCUCUACAUGUGCAAUUAGUACAUUCAUGGGGAUAUCAGUCAUAAAACAGUUGCACAAAUCAAAACCAAUUGCACAUCUGGUGAGUGACAGCAUUAUUUCCCUGCAAUAUGUAUGUGUGUUUAAAAGUUUCACCUAAUACAAGAAAACUAAAGAAAACUGGAUUAAUGGUUUGUCCCCUCUCUUUACAACAGAUUGUUCUUUCUAGUGUUACUUGUUUUUAGCUUCACUAUUCUGUAAUUACAUUAAGAAUAUAAAAUAUUGUGAAAAAACUGGAUUAUGUUUUUAAAUUGAGAUUAAAUGCAUUGUUUUAGAAUA